GGGUUCUUCUGGAGGGGUAUUAAGGGUUUUCGGGGGAGGGGUUGGGGGACAAAUCAAGACAAGAUGGUUCUCAUUCAUAUGAAGAGGACUCAAGAUCAGCAGUUCCUAUUUGAGGCCAGCGUGGAGGAUAAGGUUGAUGACGUCAUCAGGCAGCUAGUAGAGGUUCAUAAUCUCCGGCUUAGGAUCGAGCGGCUGGCUCUAGAGGGCGAAGAGCUGGCCAAGCACGGCCCGGCCAAGCCAUACGAGGAACAAGGACUAGAUGAGGAGGUGGAGGACAUGCCCAAGGGGUAUUCGAUGGAGGGGGGGGAUAUGAACAAGCAGGGGACGAAGGAGAGAGGACCCUUCUACAACGCAGAUCCCUUGGGCAAACGCACAGGAGAGGCCUGUGAUCCUACGGUGGCUGAGGUGUUACGCAAGACACUCAUGGAAGCGACCCAACUGGCUUCGAAAGAUCAGGUGGAGUGCAAGAAACCGCUUACCAAGACGAUGCUAGAGGAGGCCAUUAUGAACAUAAAGGGGGCCACAAUGAUUUGCUACCCCAUGGGACUGCCAAUUUGGGACCCUGUGAGGCAAGCACUAGAGGACAAAGAGGAUUUGACAGGAACCUCUUACAGUCAGGAGGUGCUGGAGCCCGACACAGCUCAGCUAUGGUGGGCUGGAAAGCAACUGGCCAGGGAGAAGAAGUUGGGGGAACAUGUCGGAAAGAAUGACAAGACGAAGAUAACAGCCAAGCUGACGAAGAAGGGAGCGGGGGCACCCGCCCGGGAGCCGCCGGUCGACCAGGAGACGCAGAAGGCGAUGAUGGCGUGGUACUACAAGAAACAGCAGGAGCAGAAGGAGCUUGAAGAGGACGACGACGACUCCUACAGCAACUCCGAGUGGGCCAAUCCGAAGGCCCUGAAGAGAUAUUUCUCGGGCGUUGGUGCCUUGAAACUUAGAUAAAACCACACAUCCAUGAAAAGAGAGAGAGAGAGAGAGAGAGAGAGAGAGAGAGAGAGAGAGAGAGAGAGAGAGAGAGAGAGAGAGAGAGAGAGAGAGAGAGAGAG